AUGGAGGCAUUACCAAGGUCAGAAAUAUCAUUUAGAAGAUCAGGGUCAUCAGGACUUGUGUGGGAUGAUAAACUGCUAUCAGGGGAGCUAAAGCCAAAAGAUGAAGAAGAAAGAGAGAAAAAAGAGCCACAAAGAUCAGAACCAAAGCCUUACAAAUCAGUAGAAGUUGAAGCCACUAUUGACCCUCCAUCUCCAAAGGUCUCUGGUUGUUGUGCCAUGUUUGGGAAGCCUGUUAAAGCCAACAAAAACACACCCCACAAGCAGAAAACCAAACCCACCCACAAAUCUUGA